AUGACAACCUCCACCCAGCCGGCAACCAGCCAAUCACAAACCAGCACAACAUCCUCCAGCCAAUCACCAACCAGCACAACACUCUCCAGCCAAUCACAUGCUGGCUCAAUAACCUCCAGCCUAUCACAAACCAGCACAACACCCUCCAGCCAAUCACCAACCAGCACAACACCCUCCAGCCUAUCACAAACCAGCACAACACCCUCCAGCCAAUCACAUGCUAGCUCAACAGCCUUCAGCCAAUCAACGACCAGCACAACACCCUCCAGCCAAUCAGAAACCAGUACAUCAGCCUUCAGCCAAUCAACGACCAGCGCAACACCCUCCAGCCAAUCAGAAACCAGUACAUCAGCCUUCAGCCAAUCAACGACCAGCGCAACACCCUCCAGCCAAUCAGAAACCAGUACAUCAGCCUUCAGCCAAUCAACGACCAGCACAAGACCCUCCAGCCAAUCAGAAACCAGUUCAACAACAUCCAGCCAACCAGCAACAAGCCAAUCACCAACCAGCACAACACUAAGCCGGCCAUCAACCAGUGCAACAACAUCCAGCCAAUCAACAGCCAGCCAGUCAACAUCCAGCCAAUCAACAGCCAGCCAGUCACCAUCCAGCCAAUCAACAGCUAGCCAAUCAACAGUCAGCCAGUCAACAGCCAGCCAAUCAACAGCCAACCAAUCAACAGCUAGCCAAUCAACAGCUAGCCAAUCAACAGCCAGCCAGUCAACAGCCAGCCAGUCAACAGCCAGCCAGUUAACAGCCAGCCAAUCAACAGCCAGCCAAUCAACAGCCAGCCAGUCAACAGCCAGCCAGUUAACAGCCAGCCAGUCAACAUCCAGCCAAUCAACAGCCAGCCAAUCAAUGGCUAGCCAGUCAACGGCCAGCCAGUCAACAGCCAGCCAGUCAACAUCCAGCCAGUCAACAUCCAGCCAGUCAACAGCCAGCCAAUCAACAGCCAGCCAGUCAACAUCCAGCCAGUCAACAUCCAGCCAAUCAACAGCCAGCCAGUCAACAUCCAGCCAGUCAACAGCCAGCCAAUCAACAGCCAGCCAAUCAACAGCCAGCCAAUCAACAGCCAGCCAGUCAGAAACCACAACAUUAAAAUCCAACCAACUGCUAAUCAGUUCUUCUCUUUCAAAUCAAUCAUUGGUCCACUCAGCACCAACACACCAACUGCCCACUUCAACGCCAUCCAGCCAAUCACCAACCAGCUCCACAUCACACAACCAAUCAUCAUCCAGCUCCACAUCACACAACCAAUCACCAACCAACUCAGAACCACCAAACCAAUCAUCAUUCACCUCAACAGCUUCUAAACAAUCCCCUAUCACUUCACCACCAUCCAACCAAUCAUCAUUCAUCCCAACAUCGUCUAACCAAUCCCUGACCAGCUCUGACUUUUCCAGCCAAUCAGCAUCCAGCUCAGCGUCCUCAGGAGAUGUGAGUGGCUCGGCUGCAGUGACCUCUUCUUCUGCGUUGCGGCAGUGGAAGGACGCCGUGAGGCCGGCACCGCGCAGAGCCCCAGGUAAACACCACGCCUUCACAUACACACGCAUGUGCGCGGCAGAGCACAUGUGCACGGCAGAGCGCACGUGCACGGCAGAGCGCACAUGCACCUGUAAUUUCACACAUGACAUCAUGCAGAUGUUACCUGAGCAGCUCGGUUUCAGGUGUCUGAGUUACCAGUUAGACGGCAGCUAA